AUAGCAUCGAAGCUAUAUUGUUCAUUUGUAGGAAGGGUAGUUAAUUUCAUGCCUACACAACAGGUUUUGGGGAUAUUCCGAAUUGUGGGGGAAACCAGAUUUAAUUGUGGUGCUCUAGAUUUCUCCAGAAAUAGGGACUGAGAGCUUGGCUGAUUGGUGUGAGAAAAUCCUUUCUGUGAUAAUUAUAAUUAUUUUAGAUUCAAUCAGAGUUAGGAAUUUCCUGUGGGGGUGAUUAUAGUAUCCCAAUAUUCUGCCGAUUUUGUACAGCAACUCCAUUUGGGGAGGAAAUCAUUAUUUGUAACUAUCCGCCUUUUAAACUAUAGCAGCAUCCUACAGUUUUGUAAGGUACUGCUAACUCUAAAGGUACUGCAGAAACCUGGAGGUGCAAUCAUAUCAUAAUGCUUGGGGGAGACCUUUUGUGGACUGUUUGUUUCCCAAAAUGCCCUUAAAGAGCAUUGAUAAAUGCUCUUAAUUUUGUAGAAACUGCCUGACACCAGAGAACCUAAAGGUCACGUAUGUGUUGUCUUGUGCACAGGGCCUUUAUUUACUUGUAUUGUUUAUUAAUCAUCAUUUUGGUAGAAUCGCUUUGAGCAGAUAAUUAACUUCUAGUAAAGUGCGUUAUUUUGGAAAGUGAGCUAUAAUUCCUGCAAACUGUAUCGUCCUAUAUAUGACACUCCAUUUAUGUUUAGGAUUUCAGCGCGGAAGAUUUAAUUUGCAUUCCUAAGAUACUUCUUUAAUGGAAAAAAUGUAUAUAUACAGCUGUUACUAAUAGAGGGAGGAGGAAUAUUACAUUUGGAUGAUUUGAGGUGGAACUACAUGUUAAAGAACAUUUUUUUCACUGUGAAGGGUUGCAUAUAAUUCUUUGAAGGUCACCCUAAACUUGGGGGGGAAAAGAAGCAAAAGCUGCUAAAUGAAUCUACAAGAGAGAUUUCCAGUUGGGUAACUUCCCAGUUAAGAAGGGUGUUUCCAGACUGUGUCACUUCCCUUGGGAAUAAAUACGAGUCUGUCUGGGAUUGGUGGGUUUGCCCACCCUCUGAUGCUCCCCCAAGCCAUGUCCGCUUUUGGGGAUGCCCACGAGUGGUACAUGGGGGCGCUCAGCCGGCAAGAAGCAGCCGCCUGCCUUCAGGGCCACCGGCACGGGACUUUUCUGGUCCGAGACAGCACUACAUGCCCUGGGGACUAUGUGCUCUCCGUCAGCGAGAACUCCAAGGUAUCGCACUACAUCAUCAACAGCCUCCCCGGGCGCCUACGGAUCGGGGAGCAUGAGUUUGAUGGCUUCCCUGCUCUGCUAGACUUUUACCGCCUUCACUACUUGGACACCACCACUCUAGUAGCCCCUGUGGGACGGGUGGUAGCGCCUGCCUCUGCCCAGCCACCUCCUGCAGGGGAAUGGGUUCGAGCCUUGUACGACUUCGUCGGUCGCGAUCAAGAGGACCUCCCCUUCACCAAAGGGGAACCAUUGAGGGUCUUGGCCAAGCCUGAAGAGCAGUGGUGGACGGCGCAGCGUGCGGAUGGGCGUGUUGGCAUGAUCCCCGUGCCCUAUGUCCAGCCGUGUCCCUAUGCUCACCCCAGCAGCCAUGGGGCCCCCCGCCAUGCUCCCGUAAUAGCAAGAGCAGUUCAGCGACGGGUGCCCGGUGCCAGUGACAAGACAGCACUGGCCUUUGAGGUGGGUGACCUCAUUGCUGUCACCAAGAUGAACGUCAACGGCCAAUGGGAGGGCGAGCUGAACGGACGCCGCGGCCACUUCCCUUUCACCCACGUCAAGGUCCUGGACCCCGAGGAAGCCAGUUGAGUGUGUGAUGUAUCCAUUGAACUUUGCCUUUCCCUAUAAGGGGUCACGAUCCCUGAACUCUGACUUGUGAUCGUCUGGCCCCCUUGAACAUUGUACCUCCUGACAUGAGCCUUGAAACUUUAAGCUCCCCCCCCGAUGGGUGUUAUUGAUCACCCAGUUCAUUGAUAGUUUGGCUCCUUGGACAUGGACCUCUUCUUCCACCUUGAACCCCAUUGACUUAGAGCUUUGCUCCUUCACUGGCUGUUCUUAAACAUCCUGGUACUCAACUUGCUCCAUCUUUGCUCCCUAAGAACACAGUGAUUCUUUUGGCCUUGUGGUUUCUGAUUCUGAUGACGUGCUACUCCGCCUCCCGUGCCCUGUGACCCCAGGGGCUCUUGACCUUUCAUGGCUGACCCCUUUAGCUGUGUGUAUUUUUCAUCGGACCCUGCUGUCAUUGACUUGGACCUAAGUGACCAGAGUCUUGCCGCCCCCAUAGGAACUCCAUCCCGCUUGUUGUCUGUUCCAAACCGCCUUGUUAAUUAAAGUUUCCUGCAGAGUA